CCGCAUACUCCGACUCACCUGCUACAGUCCCCUGCGCCACCCGCGUGAUGGGCUCGGAAGUCGCGCAGCUGUUGGAAGCUGCAGACUUCGCGGCUCGUAAGCACCGACAGCAAAGACGGAAGGAUCCUGAAGGGACCCCUUACAUCAACCACCCCAUCGGUGUGGCUCGGAUCCUGACCCACGAGGCAGGAAUCACUGACAUUGUGGUGUUACAGGCGGCUCUGCUCCAUGACACCGUGGAAGACACAGACACCACCCUGGAUGAAGUGGAGCUGCACUUUGGAACCCAGGUACGGCGCUUGGUGGAGGAGGUGACAGAUGACAAGACUCUGCCCAAGCUGGAGAGGAAGCGGCAGCAGGUGGAGCAGGCACCACACAGCAGCCCAGGAGCCAAGUUGGUGAAGCUGGCAGACAAGUUGUACAAUCUGAGGGAUCUGAAUCGCUGCACCCCGGCGGGAUGGUCAGAACAUCGUGUCCAGGAGUACUUCGAGUGGGCAGCGCAGGUGGUGAAGGGGCUUCAGGGAACCAACCAGCGGCUGGAAGAAUCUCUACAGCAACUGUUUAAGGAUCGAGGGCUGACACUCUGAGCAGUUGUUGGUGCCACCAGGAGGUCUGGACUCUGAUCUCACCCAGGCCACCCCAGAGUCACAGUCCAGUUCUUUGGUACCUCCUGACCACCCAUCCUCUGUCCUUCCCACAGCUCAGAUGUCAAAGGUGCAUUUGCACUGAACACCUCCCUCCAACUAAGCUGAGCCUCGGAUGUGGGGACAAGAGGUACCCCAUCCAUUUAGUCAGUCUUUCUGUUUCCUGUUUUGCAUGGUGGGCUCUCUAGCCUCUCUGGGACUUACCUUGUAUAAACACCGACUUAAAAGUCAUUGUAGAAAAUAAAGCAUUUGGGGCAAAAGAUACAA